UUAGACGCAGAAAACGUGCAGUCUGGGUAACAGCCCCUUCAGUUGCCCACCUGACUGGCCUGGAGUCGAGUCACUCACACAUACACAAUGAAGUGGAUUGUGCUCCUGUGCUUGGUUGAGAGCCUCGGAUCAGGAUGGGCUGUCCCCCUGGAAGGCCUUGAAAAAUUCACCGUGGACUUCUUUCCUAACAACAGCAUGCUUUUAGCCGCCACCUUGAGUACCAACUUCCUUGUUAAUGUUCCCAAGUGUCUGUCCUCCUCAAAAUUCUCUCCAUCCAAAGUCAGAAUAGCAGUAGCCCAGCUUCCUGAUGCAACCGCCUCGACAGGUGUGACAAAGACUGAAGACAUUCAAAAUCUCCGGAAAACACCUCAAGCCACUGUGUAUUUUGCUGGUGAAUUUAAGAGUGUCUCGUGUAGGGCGGGCAGGGAACUUGUGGUGAUGGAUAUAGAUAAUAGCCAAUACGAGCUGAUCACAGUUUUAGGCUUCCAGGUGGGAGCAGAAUUUUGCCGUGAAACAAAAGGCCCCUUCUGCAAUCAAGCACUUAAGCCAGCUACUUUUUAUAGGGUGAAUUUCUUUAUUUUGGAUGACAAGUCUGAAAUAAGGGGUCACACCGAUUGGUCACCAGCAAUACAGACCAGAAGUGUGAAAAAUUAUGAUUCGGCAGAUGAGAUGUAUGGAGGGCGAGCCGGAGGAAUGAUCGUCAUCACAAUUCUGGUCUCAGUCGGCGGAUUUGUCCUGGUGAUUGCCCUAAUUGCAGCGGUUGCUCUUUCAAAUAAGAAAUAACACCCCGGAUGAGUCGGCGGGACAUUUUUCUGAAUCCGCAGCAGUUACCGACAAGAUCAAACAAUGGCAUUUGUUCUGGCUUGGAGAAUCAGGAAUCCGAGCUAGAAGCACCCAAUAAAUUGUUUCAUCUACCGUG